UUAUUAUUAUUUUUAUAAAUCAUCCUUCUUUGUCUCUGUCAACUGCUUCUUCCAAGUCACUGUCAACAACAACCACCAUCGCCACACAUAGCUUUCACCUUCCAAGCACCGGCAGUCUCGAACCACCGCCAACCGCCACUUCAAUCUCCUCUCCGAUGGGGCAUUUCUCCACUAUGGAUUGAGGAUGAUGGCAGAGCAUUUCCCGUCAGCAAUAGCUCGAUUGUCUCAUGUCUGAAGUAAAUAAAAUGGGAGCUCAACCUCGCGCUGUUCAAGAGCUGGUACUUACAGCAAUUGUCAUCCCAACUAGCAAUACUUCUAUUUCUUCAUAUUCACCAAAUUUGAAAAUAUGGACAAUCCAAAGGACGGAAUAUACAUUAUCGAGUCCAAUUCAAUUGAUUGCUGGAUACAUGGGGAAGAAAAACACGAAAAAACUCCCAAAAUCAGUAUCAGGAUUUCAAAAUCAUGUUACCUUAAGGGAAGAAGCUACCGGAAAAAUAAAAACGAUGCCAAUCACUAACACAAAGUCACAUUUGAGAAUUGAACACUUGAAAAAGCUUGCGGUGUGGACCGUGACUGGCCCUCACAUACUGUCUUUGGCUGCUUUCUUUGGUCACCAUUUGGCCACUGUUUCAGAGGUCGCUAGAGUACCUCCUGAUUCUUCUUUAGUCACUUGCCAGAGGUUCAUGGACGCGUUGAAACACAUCUAAUUGAGGGAGUAGGACACUUUCAAAUGGAAGGACCUGCCUAUGAUGCUCACAUGGUUGAGUUCAUCACUGCACACUGCUUCACAGAUAAAAGCUUGCAUUUGCAUAUUACAACUGUAACUAGUGUAAGACCUGUUGAUUCACACGGGUUCGAUGAUUUGUAAUUGUUAUAUGAAUUCAAUAUGGUAAGUUUGCAUUCGCACCGGUGGUGCAGGAAACAAUUGGGCUAGUAGAUACCAUCAUGUUUGUCACUAGAACAUCAUGUAAUUAGGAUUUCUGUGAUCUUUUUAAAAAAUUUUGUUACUUCCAAUUUCAUCUAUUGAUAAUUUGUUGUGAACUUGCUAGUUUAAAUGCAUGUGUGCUUGAUUGCUUGUGAA